AAAGCAGAACAAUGGUGGCAGAGGAAGUGAUAAUUACAUUGUCCGGUGGAGCGCCGUGGGGGUUUCGUCUUCAGGGAGGCGUGGAACAUCAGAAACCGCUACAGGUGGCGAAGGUGCGUAAACGCAGUAAGGCAUGCAGGGCUGGGCUGCAGGAAGCAGAUGAGCUGGUAUCCAUCAACGAACAGCCAUGUGGAACACUCUCCCACGCUCAGGCCAUGAACCUCAUCGACAGCUCCCCUGGGGUAUUACACAUCCGGGUCAGAAGGACACCCGCUGGUUUUCAGUCUGUGGUGCUUGUGGCCCGAGCCCCAUCCCCACGUAUAGACAAAGAGUACCGAGCUGCACUGCGGGCCAUGUCACCUACUCACCCCCAUCAUGCACCUGUACGUGAGGUCCACCGUAGCCGCUCCUCCCUAACCAGCGGCCUGACAUCUCCACCUGGCAGUGAAGCUUACUACGGUGAGACCGACAGCGAUGCAGAUGUGGCGGGCUAUGAGAGGCAGCGCCGGCAGAAGCGCCGCAGCCCCAGCAACUCUAACCCCGGGAAGCCGUCAGGACGAACCUCUCCUGAAGGGGGGAAACAUCGGAGAUGA